AUGGGAUGGGUGCAAGCAUCACGAAGGGGCAGAUUUGGACCGACAAGUAGUAAUAGUCCUCUCAAACAAGAUGGCAAGGUUGUUGCUCAUGUGGAAGACGUGGACGGUGCCAGUGACCAGGAGGACGAUGUAACGAAGAGGUCGUCCUCAAGCACUACCGGUACCGGCACUGGCACCAGGAAACAAUUCCCCUUUGCUCCCGAGUCACUAUCAGACGAUGCACUUCCUUUCAUCCCGAAGGAAACGGUGCUCGAACGCGGCAAGCAGUCGAAGAAACCAUUGCGAGACCAAGGGAAUAAUCACGACGGAGAAGGGAAGCAAGAAGACAACAACAACGACGACGAACAUUGGAUCGUCAUUGACGAUAUCGUUUUUGAUUGCAGCGAUUUCAUCUCUGAACACCCCGGGGGGCAACAGGUCAUUCUCAGCUUUGUUGGAGAGGAUUGUUCAUGGCAGUUUUGGCGGUUACAUGGCAAGAACAUCAUGGAGCAAUAUGGCCGUGCCCUCAGGAUCGGGAGGACCGAGGGCAUCAAGAACAGAUUUGUCGAACCAGUCAGAUACGUCGGCUUAUCAAAACUCGGUGAUGAUGGCUGGUAG